CGGGCGCGGGGCUGAGGGCUCCGGCAUUCCCCUCCCGCUGCUCCCGGCCACAGCGGUGACAAAGCGGCAGCGCACGGCCGCGGCUGCCCGUGCUGCGCGCAGGGGUCGCCUCAGCCCGGGAGGUGGCGGCGGGUCCGCGAUGUCCUCCGGGGUCACGUCGCCGUGCCCGCGGCGCCCUGGGCCGCCUGCGGGGUGUCAGGGGCGUUUCCCCAGCGAGGGAGCGCCCGGUAACCGCACCCGGCGUGUGCAGAGCUGGGCAGGGCCCGCCGGUAGCUGUGGGAGUAGGAACCAGCGUGUCACGGCAGUAACAACAAGUGUGACAAGACAUUAGUUUAGAUGCAGUAAAUUGGAAGAAAUGGAAGAAAGGAAGAUCAAGAGGAGGAGCCCCAAAUCAUCUUCCAGUCACUCUGCUCAGGUUGCUAACUCCAAAAAAAGCUCAGUGCCAGUCAGUAAAAGUACAGCCUUUUCCAACCCUGCCCCACAGCCUGCCGUACAAAAACCAAAGUUAAAACGCAUAAUCAAAGAGAAAGCCAAACCUCCAGGAGGUGAAGCAAAAGGGGCACAGGCAGCACCAAUCCAGCAUUCUUUUCUCACAGAUGUAUCAGAUGUGCAGGAAAUGGAAAGGGGGCUUCUGAGUCUCUUGAAUGACUUCCACUCUGGCAAACUUCAAGCAUUUGGAAAUGAAUGUUCCAUAGAGCAGAUGGAGCACGUGCGGAGCAUGCAGGAGAAACUUGCUCGCCUCAAUCUGGAGCUCUAUGGGGAGAUGGAAGAACUCCCUGAAGACAAAAGAAAACUAGCCAGUGAUUCCAACCUGGAUAGGCUGCUGUCAGAUCUAGAAGAACUAAAUUCAUCUAUCCAAAAACUACAUUUAGCAGAUGCUCAAGAUAUUCCAAAUGGUACUACAGGCUGAGAGAGAACAUCAUUGUCAGUCUGGAUUCUCCAAGCUUUCUUUCGUUUUUCCAGACAAUGGAAUCAAGAAGAGUUGUGACUUUGUGUUGUUUUUUAAUUUUACACAACAAAGAAUCAAAAUGCAAAUCCAGGUGUUUAUUUUGCACAUUCCUCUGAGCACUGCAUUAUGUCAGGGCUCAGUACCUAGUUGCAGUUAAUUGUGAUGCUGUGCUUUUUAUUAUUGCCUUACGUAACAAAGAAAUUGGAGAAACUUGGAAAUACAUUUCUUCUGCUCAAUGUUCAUAUGGUUACAAGUGGUACAUGUAUAUAAGUUCCUUGGCAUUUCUCCAGUCUUCAUGAAGGUAGUGGUAAUGUUGCCUUCCAGAUCAUUACACAGACAAUCUGCUCACUGUAUAUUUAGUGUUCUGUUGAUUGGUGAUGCCACAGAUUAAUUUAUUGUUAAUAAAGUGAAAAGUUUUAAAUAUAUGAUGUUUCAUUUGCAGAAGCUGCUAUUGGUUUGGCUUGGAAGAGAAGUUUUAGCACUGUGUGAAUGUUGCAGAGUUUGUUUUUCCAUUACUAUGAAUAAUUAUAAAAUGUCACCAAAUUAAAACUAGCAUGUCUACAUAAAUUAAAUAUUGUGAAAUUUCAAAACUGGGUAAAUAGUUACUGUUCAAUAAAUACACAAUAUUCAAUUUCGUAGUUACUCUGAUGUUCUAAAUAGGCUGCUGUUAACUGGUAUCAUCUUUCUGUGCACAGCCAGAGGGAAAAAAAAAUCUGUAUUAGUACAAAAUGGGGCUGGUUUCAGAUCUAAAAUUUCUAUCUUGGUCUGUCGAACCAUGCCUUUGGUUCUGGAUUUAUUUUAUAUUCAGUUUUUAGUUAAUACAUUCAGAUUCCAUACUGAUCCUACACUUACUGAACAAGGAAUCUUUAUCCUUCUACCUGAGCACAAAGCUUUCAUCAGCCCAGAGAGCAGAAGAUUCCUUUUGUUCAGUAUCUUUGGAGAAGAGGCUCCUUCAGCCACAAGAUGUAGUUUGGAAUCGUGCAGCACCAAACCUGCAGCACACGGGGGACAGAAGGAUCAUUUAACUGAGUGCUCUGGCUGCAGAUUCACCCUCAAAUUCCCUGCCUCAGCUCCCACGCAAAUCUCCACGAUGUACAAACCAGCAGGCAUCCCAGUGGUUGUCCCUUAGGUUGUUCUUGUUCUUUAUGCAGUUUAUCUCCUCCGUUGCCAGGAUUCUCUAGGAGUUUGCAUGCUGGUAAAUGUACCUAGGAGUCCCUGCCUGCAGCUGGGUAUGCACCUGUGAUGUUGUGAAAUCCAAAGUCAGCUUAAGAGAACCAGAACAGGACAAGCUUCUCACAGUGAAGCCAAGGCUGAUGUUUGUUCUCCACACGCACACCUCUGACCAGUAAUUGGGCAAUUAUAAUUUCUGCACAGCACCUUCUCACAUCAGCACUAUGCCCUUGUUUCUGGUCAGGCUUCUGAACAACAAGCAGAAAAGUAGCAUCUUUUAGCCCUGUGCUUCAUACCAGGUGUGGCAAAAGUCACUGGCAGAGCUGCAGUUACACAAACAAAAUCGUAUUCUUGCAGCGUGCUUGGAUGUAGGGGCAGAGCUCUGUGCUCACUAGCAGCAAGUGCAGUGUAUUGCAGCACUGUAAUGCACACUCAUCCCAAACCACACUUUUAAUCUCAGAGUUUAAGUAUUCUAUGUUAGAGGCAGCUCUUUUCCACUUUUGGGCUCUGACAUCACACUGCUUAGCCUUACUAUUUCAAACACAUUUCAAAUCACGAACGUGCUGGGUGCCUUGAUCUCAUUUCUGUAGCAAUUUUUGCAAGGAUAGAGCGUAUAAUUUGAGAUACAGACAAACAAACACUUUUCUCAAGCAAGCUGUAGAAUUACACAAGAAUGAGCCCCUUUUUCCUCCAUCGCUUUAAGCCCAUGGGCCAUUACAAGCCAUAAAGGAUGCAUUAAUUGCAAAUAAUUGAGAAAUUAAGGAAUUCUUUUCCCCUUACCUCCUCCUGGAUAUAACUUUGUGUCUUUGACACAGUCCAUUAAUGGUGGGUGCUUAUUAACUUCUGGAUUCAUACAAGAAAAUUUUGUGGCAAGAUUUUUGAGACCCUGAACUCUUUUAUUUGGUAAUUAACUAAUCAGAUUUCUGGGCUCCUGCAGUAAAAAAAUCUACUGUGACAUAUUUUUGGAAAGUCUUUUGUAAUUAGAAAAGUAUGUAAGUGGCUGCAGUGGCUCGUUUUCUGUAAUGUUGCUUCCUGAAGAGUUGUUUAUGGAGAUUAAAGUGUAUUAACAUUAAAUGUUUAAUAUAUUUACCAGUG